CAAGAGUGCAGUGGUACAACUGCCCAGAGGAUCACAGCAGCUGUUUUGUGAUGUGUCAUUUUAAUCUUAAGGAAUAGCGUCUCAUUCUCAGCAUGGGGGUAUUUAUUCAUUUACUCCUGGGGUUAUUCACUUUGCAUCUGUUUAUCAGUUUUAGUACAAUUGUGGAUGCAUCCAGGAGGCCAUGGACAGCUGCUGAUAACAGAGGGGCUGGGACGAGGAUGGCCAGAGCAGUAAACAGACCCACACCCGUCGACUGUCAGCUGGGCAUCUGGUCAUCUUGGACUCCAUGUAACUCCUGCACAGACAAAAAGUUACGUUUCCGAUACAUGGAGAGACCCUCACAGUUUGGAGGCACGGAGUGCAUUGAGACUCUGUGGGAGAGGCUGGCAUGUCCUACAGCAACCUCACAGUGUCUGGUGCCUGAUUACUGUGGGGAGAGCUUCACCUGCAAAGAAACAGGGCGCUGCAUCAGCCAGUCGCUUCGCUGCAAUGGAGAAUCAGACUGUGAUGAUUUUUCUGAUGAAGAGGAGUGUGAAAUAGUCAACCAGAGAGACGAUAAGUGUUCCACCUUCCUGCCGAUCCCUGGUGCUGAGCGAGGCACUCAGGGAUACAAUAUCUUGACUAGAGACUUUAUGGAUCAUGUACUUGACCCAAGGUACUUUGGAGGAAAGUGUGAAUAUGUCUAUAAUGGUGAUUGGAGGAAAUUCACCUAUGACGCAUUCUGUGAGAACCUGCACUACAACGAGGAAAACAAAAACUACCGGAAACCUUACAACUACCAUGCCUACCGUUUUGUGGCUGAAGCUACAUCAGAGGGCUCUCAUGAGUACUAUGACGAUAUGGUGAGCCUGCUCAAAGCGAGGAAAACUAUGAGUUCUUACAAUGCUGGUGUCACAGUCGGGGUCUAUUAUGUGGAAGGGGGACUGCAGGGAGGUGCUGAGUCUGAGUUCCUCAGCAACAUAACAAAGUACAAUAGCCAGGAUCUAGGGUUUGUUAGGCUUUGGUCCAAAGUCCAAACCGCCCGCUUCAAGAUGAGAACCAGUAAGCUGAUGCUUCAUGAAGAUUUCUACGUUUCACUCAUGGAGCUCCCCGAACAGUAUGACUUUGGGAUAUACUCUCGCUUCUUCAACACAUUUGGCACCCACUAUGUCACAGAGGGAACUAUGGGAGGAACCCUUGAAUAUGUGGUGGUUGUCAACAAAACGUCCAUGGCAAAAUCAAAUCUUGAGGGUAAACAGGCUGGUAGAUGCUUUGGUGCCUCUAUUGGUAUUGCAAAACCAGUUGGCAACUAUGGAACAUUAGGUCUCAGAGUGGGUGGGAAUCGCUGCAACAAAGAGGGAAGGUUUGAGCAAGGAAGUGACUCUAGUUCAAUUGCGGUUGAGGACAUCGUUACUCUAGUGAAGGGAGGAAUCCCAUACAGCAGCAGUGGCCUGCUGGCUAUCAGAAAUCCGGACACCUACAGGAACUGGGGAGCGACUCUCAAAUACAACCCUACACUCAUCGAAUAUGAGACUAUGCCAAUCUAUGAGCUAGUGCGCCUCAGCACAGCUGCUGACCAUGUAGGUGCAAGACUGGCCAACUUGCAGAGGGGCUGGGAUGAGUAUCUGCAGCAGUUUGACGCCUGUCGCUGCGCCCCCUGCAGGCAUGAUGGGAUCCCUGUCCUCAAGGGUACCUCCUGUAACUGCAUCUGUAAAUCCGGCUACCGCGGAGAGGCCUGUGAAGAGACUCUCAGAAGAGAUACCAAGACAGAUGGGUCGUGGUCGUGCUGGGGGGCCUGGUCAUCCUGUACGUCAGGGAGGAAGACUCGGACAAGGACCUGUGAUAAUCCCCCUCCUGAUGGGGGUGGGGCAGCUUGCCUGGGCUCUUCCUCUCAGACUCAGCGCUGUUAGAGUGACGUUCCUCCAAGAAACACACUGCUAAGAUGCAGAGUGCGAAAUGAGCUUUUUUUUCUGUCAAUAAAAACUGGUCUUUGAGUAUUGUUUUGUAAAUGUUAGAGCCCUGAAAAAUAAAAUUACAUCUUUCUCCGGUGACCGUGUGACACACUGUAUAUCACAGUACAAAUAAAUGUUGUGCAGA